AUGAUUGAAGGUACAGAAAAUAACUCAAUAGAAAUUGUCUUUGAUAAAAAUGACUAUUAUUUUGUUUUUAUUGAAAAAUUAAAACUUUAUUAUAAAACCGUUACUAAAUUAGAUAAAGAAAAGAAAAAAGUUAUUGUAAACAAAAAUAAAAUUAAGUUACCGUUGUCUAAAAAUAAGAAGAUAGAAUCUAGUUUAAAUUUAUUUUCUACAUUAGACGAAUCAUCAUUUUCAAAUAUUUAUACUAUUGGAUCAUCAACAAAAUUAAGUAAAACUGAUUUAAGUGAAUCUAUUAUAACUAAAGACAAUGUUUUAAAAACAUUUAGCAAUGAUAAUGAGUCAAUGACAUUAAGUAAAAGCAUAACCGACAAUUCUACUUUAACGGAUAACUCAUUGAGUUUAAAUAUGACAUGUGAUUCUUCAAGUAUAAGUGAACCAUUAAAAACAAAAAAGAAAAAGAAAGUAUUUAAGAAUGGAAGAUUAAGAAAUUUUAAUCCUAAGAAAGUAUUUUCAAGCAAAUUAAAAAAUAAAGUUGAUAAGUUAUUUAAAAUGAAAGUAAAAAUUAUAAAAAAGGAAUUUAACAGCAAAAAGAAAGAAAUUAUUAAAGAAAGGAAAGAUUUAGAUAAGUUGCUUAAUAACAAACUAAUAUUCUUCAAAUAA